AAUGAAUGGUAUUAAUUCACUAUGAUAUAAGUGGUGUUAGAUUCUAAGACUUUUUCAUAGCGGUUGGACAGUUAAAAAGAAGCUUUGAUAUGAUGACCAAACGCAGGGCUAACCAAGGGCCAUCUGGAGACGUCUUCCCAGCUCUACCUGCCAUUGAUCUUGGCUGGAGAGCUCAGCCAAAGGUCGGAUCUCUGGAAAAUUCUCACCAUAAGCCAGGAGGGGGUCACAAAGAAAUCCAGCAGCAAAAACUGCAGUGGUCCGCUGAAGCUAAAGUCGGUUCUCUUGAUGACAGUCAUUUGCGGAGAAGUCAAAAAAGACCUCGAAGUUUUGAUGGAAUUGAGUACAUCAAAUUUCCUAGUAUUUAUCGUAAAAGAACAAGUGAUCUCAAUCGAUGGGAGGAACCAAAGACAACUGAAGAUGGUGCAUAUGUUCAUAUCAGGAAUAGGAAAAUUCAGGCAGGACCAAAAGUAGGGUCAUUGGACAAUGUCCAUUAUAAACCUGGGGGUGGUGAUGUGAAAAUUCUAGAUGAAACUCCUCGCUGGGAGACUGCUGCCAAAGUGGGAUCUCUAGACAAUGUGACUUAUUCUGCUGGAGGGGGAAAUGUUCAAAUCGCCAAUGAAUCCCUCCAUUGGAGAGCUGCACCAAAAGUGGGGUCUUUAGAAAACAAGCAUUAUACCCCAGGUGGAGGGAAUGUUCACAUACCUGAACAAAAACUGCAAUGGAAUGCCUCACCCAAGGUUGGAUCAAUGGACAACUUUACUUAUUCACCUCGAGGGGGAGAUGUCAAAAUUCUGGAUGAGAAACCAAGAUGGAGGGCUAACCCAAAAGUUGGAUCUCUAGAAAAUGCUCACUAUCAGCCAAAACAAGGGAAUGUGUCUAUAAUAGAUGAGAAACCUGUGUGGGAUGCACAUGCCAAAGUUAGUUCAUUGGACAAUGUAACAUAUCAACCGGGAGGGGGACACAAAACUAUAAUUAAUCAAAGAACUCAAUGGAAUGCCUCACCCAGGGUAGGUUCAUUGGAUAAUGCUCAUUAUAAGCCAGGAGGGGGAGAAGUCCAUAUACACGAAGAUAGGCUCAAAUGGAAUGCUUCUCCAAAAGUUGGCUCCCUUGAAAACAGAACAUACAGACCAGGAGGGGGUGAAGUCAGUAUUAUCAACGAAACUCCUCGCUGGCAUGCAUCACCAAAAGUGGGAUCUCUUGAAAAUGCUCAACAUCAACCAACGGGAGGAAAUGUGUCCAUUAUCAAUGACCCCAAACGUUACCAAAGUGAUCCAAAGGUCCACUCUCUAGACAACAUUCAUUAUAAGCCUGGAGGCGGGGACAUCAAAGUGCCAAUCAAAAUUAUGCCGUAUCCAAUUGGAUCUCUUAACGAUCUUCCUCAUCAAGGAAAGCACAGUCGAUUAAACAGUCGGGCAUCCUCCACCAGUAAAGGAUGAUGGGAUGUCGUAAGUGGGUAGAUGGAAAACUUUCGAUUCCAUUUCAGAGUAGAUGCUGGGGUUGUGUAGAAUACACACAUAUUCUUUGCUAAUCAAAAAGUAUUUUUUGUUGUAGAUAUAUAGGCUUUUUGGUUUGGUAAUCAUACCUUUGAGCAGAAUAUUCAUAUCUUAUCAAAAAAGGGCUUUUCAGAGAUGCUCAUUCUAUAUAAACCUUUUUCUCAUCCUUUCAUUUUGGGACAACAAUGAAUUUUGUCUAGCUCCCACUGAGAACACAGACUGGCUUGCUCAAGUGAUUUGAAUUCAAUAAAAAAUACAAGAGAAAGCUCAGAGAUUUGAAAGAGCAAUCUUCAGAAUUUAUAAUUGCAUGAGAGUGAAUUGGCAGAUGUAAUGAGAAUUUUUUCUUUUCAAAAAAAAAAAUUCUUGAGCAAGCUUUGAACAAUCAUUUUCAUCAAGGUAUUGGGAUCUUGUAUUGCACAUCAAAAUCUGCAUUUGCUCAAACAUUUUGUUGACCAUCACCAUUCUU